GCAGCCUCGCUCUGAACCAGCGGUAAACCAAACCUUCAGAAGCAUCACAUCGUCGGUCGGAGACCCGAGAUUUUCUCCCGUUUUUCUUUCCCCUAAAAACUUCGGUUUGGGAAUCGAACCCAGGACUUUGCGUGGAGUACUCUAGACGUGAAGAUGCGAGCGGCGGAGGCGUGGGUUUUGUACGGGGCACUGUUGCUACGGCUAGGCUCUGCGAUCGGUGUUAUCCUACCAGAUGUCUACUGGAAUAUGUCAAACAACAUAUUUUCCGGCGGAGGGUACUACCUGUCCCCUAACAUGUAUGACAUGGUGACUGUCUUCUGUCCGCACUACGAAACAGGGUCCACAGAACUGGUGGAGUACAACGUUCUAUAUGAGGUUGAUGAAGACGGGUAUAACCGGUGUGAUGCUGAGCGAGGACGCGCGUUGUUGCGAUGUGACCGGCCGUACCGCAACAGACCGCUCAGCCUCACCAUCCUGUUCCAGGAGUUCAGCCCUUCUCCCUACGGACUGGAGUUCAAACCAGGCAGAGAUUAUUACUAUAUCUCCACAUCUACAGGGGAGUAUGGGGGCCUGAAUGCGACCGUUGGAGGAAACUGUGUGAACGGGAUGAAGAUGAAACUUUCCAUCUGCUGUAAAAGUACCACAGAAACACCCAAUGUAGUGGAGGAGCAAACCCAGAGAAGAUCGCCCCCCCACAUACCCAGUAAUCGCAUCCCAGAUGCUGAUUGGUCAGAAAGCAGCGACAUUAACAACGAGAUCAGUAAAGAAACGGCGGUGCCGAGACCGGACUACGACUUUAGCAGAACGAGCAGCGCUCCGUCGCGGCUAACUGGGAGAGCGGCGACGUUAACCGCGUCAUUAUUCACGGUCGCGCUCGCGUGGGCUCUGACUAGACUAUAGCCCGACAUUUGGCUACUGAGAUAAAUGUACAACAGUCAAUUAUAGAUGGAGAAAGGAUAGAAAUGACCAGGAAUCACUGUGGGGAGGGCGGCGAUAAAUUAUUGGUAAGCUUGAGUGUGUUUUUGCAGUUAAAACCCUCUGCAAUAAAAUGAUAGUACGUAUCAGGGUGUCAAGAAAUUAGCAGGGUUAAACUAUGGAAGGGACUGAAAGGAUUUUUAACCUUUGCCAUAUGCCACCUUGAUCCAUAACCGGUACAAAUUUGGUACUAAAACAGUUGUUAGCCUGAUGAAGGUUAACAUAAUUUGGCAAGAGU